GUUGACUAUUGCUUGAACAUCUCAUUGGCAGGGCAGAUCUAGAAAUGAAGCACAGGAUCGAGCUUUUGUAUAGUAGGAAUUUCUUCUCUUAUGUUCUAAUCUGUCUCAUUGUUUCUGCGGGUCUCUGUUUCUAUUAUGUUUCUUUGCUUGCUUCUUCUCUGCCACGCUCCAACGACGAAGGCGGUGGUGGCGAAGAUGGAACCGACCCUCUCUAUAGUAGGUUCCUCCAAAGGGACAACGAUGACUUUGAUGAUGUCUUUGAUGACCAAGAUUCAGACGUCCCCAAGAGCAUUCCUGUAUGUGAUAUGGAAUUCUCAGAUUUAAUUCCUUGCUUGGAUAGAAAUUUAAUCUACCAACUGAAAUGGAAGCUAAACUUGACCUUGAUGGAACACUAUGAACGCCACUGUCCACCACCUGAACGCCGUUACAAUUGCCUCAUUCCUCCCCCAGUUGGUUAUAAGAUCCCUAUUAGAUGGCCGGCUAGCAGGGAUGAAGUAUGGAAGGCAAACAUACCACAUACGCAUCUGGCACAAGAGAAAUCUGAUCAGAACUGGAUGGUGGUGAAUGGGGACAAGAUAAAUUUUCCUGGUGGGGGGACUCAUUUUCAUGAUGGGGCGAAUAAGUACAUCGCUGCACUUGCUGGGAUGCUUAAGUUCCCUGGUGACAAACUCAACAAUGGUGGAAACAUACGGAAUGUAUUAGACGUUGGUUGUGGGGUUGCUAGUUUUGGGGCCUACCUUCUUUCACACAACAUCAUAGCCAUGUCCAUUGCACCAAAUGAUGUUCAUGAGAAUCAAAUACAGUUUGCAUUGGAGAGGGGAAUCCCUUCAGCCCUUGCUGUAUUGGGAACAAAAAGGCUUCCUUAUCCAAGUCGUUCAUUUGAACUAGCUCAUUGUUCCCGAUGUAGGAUAGAUUGGCUUGAGAGAGAUGGGAUUCUCUUGUUAGAACUGGAUAGGUUGCUAAGGCCUGGAGGCUAUUUUGUGUACUCUUCUCCUGAAGCCUAUGCCCAUGAUGAGGCCAACCGAAGAAUCUGGAACGCAAUGAGUGAUCUCCUCAGAAGGAUGUGCUGGAGAAUUGUUUCAAAAAGAGACCAGACUGUUAUAUGGGCCAAGCCAUUGAGUAACAGCUGCUAUUUGAAGAGAGAUCCUCAGACUCGACCUCCUCUGUGUAGCUCUGGAGAUGACCCAGAUGCCUCCUGGAAUGUAUCUCUGAAUGCAUGUAUCACACCCUACUCAGCAAAUAUGCAUAGGGAACGAGGCAGCGGGCUGUUACCAUGGCCCCGAAGGCUUACUGCUGCACCCCCUCGUCUGAAAGAACUUGGUAUUAGUUCUGAGGAAUAUCAAGAAGACACAGCAAUUUGGCAUUUGAGAGUGUCUGACUACUGGAAGCAGAUGAAAUCUGUAAUACAAAAGAAUUCUUUUAGAAACAUUAUGGACAUGAAGUCAAACCUUGGUGGCUUUGCAGCUGCCCUGAAAGAGAAAGAUGUAUGGGUGAUGAAUGUUGCUCCUGUAAACGACUCUAGCAAAUUGAAGAUUAUUUAUGAUCGAGGCUUAAUUGGAACUGUUCAUGACUGGUGUGAAUCAUUUUCUACCUACCCUCGCACCUAUGACCUACUUCAUGCUUGGACCAUAUUUUCAGAGAUAGAGGACCAUGGUUGUAGUGUUGAGGAUCUACUCAUUGAAAUGGACAGGAUUCUGCGGCCUGAUGGAUUUUUCAUCAUCAGGGAUAAAUCUUCCAUUAUAAAUUACGUGCGCAAGUUCUUGACUUCCUUACGGUGGGAUGGCUGGUUAUUAGAAGUUGAACCAAGGAUUGAUGCUCUUUCCUCCCGGGAAGAAAGAGUUUUGAUUGCAAGAAAGAAAUUGUGGGAAGAGAGUGCUGCAACAGUGUAAAUUUCCUUUUUAACUCUUGAAAGUAGGUGAGUUUCCAACAUAAUCUUUUUUCCCAACCAGAAAUUAGCUCAUUGUUUUCA